CAUACAUAUAUACACACACACACAUACACACACGCAUGCGUUAUUCUUAUAACAAAGAAAAUGGAUUUUUACUUCAAACUUUUAUCUGAAUCAAUACAUUUUAUCCUGAACUAACACUCUAAAGCAGUGAUUACUUUCAGAAUCUAGUGCUUCAACCUUUUAACCAUUCAAUAUCACUUAACCUAUCAUUAAUGCUGGUUUUAUAAUUUAUCAAUCUAAUCAUUAUUUACUAAUUACCUGUUGUCUAUGUUCAAGAGCAAGUGUGUGCAAAAGGAGCGGAACAAUGUUGGCUUUUCUUCUGCAACGUCGCUGGCCGCGAAAUAAAUGCAGAAUUAAGAGCCCAGAGAGGCAAGUGUCAGUCGCAUCUUUGGUUGUCAACGUUGUCGUCUAUCGUCAAGGUAACGUGGCACGUCACAAAGGGCUGUUCCAUUGCUUUUAUACCCUUUUGGAGCCCUUAAACCCUCCCACACUCAAGCACUUACCAGCUGACUUAACCUAAGCUAAUGAGGGUGCAGGGCUUGAGGGCUUAGGGUGGAGUUUGGAAUUGGGCCAUCGUCCGCGACAGACACCAAAAAUGACGGAGAUCAUGGCGAAGAAGCUCAAGAAGAAGCAGUUCAUUCAGGAUCUAGGUGCACCCUUAAUACUGUGAAAAAAUGCCAAGAUGAACAAGAAUGCACUACAUUAACAUAGUUAUAAGAUUUUGUAUAUAUAUAUAUAUAUAUAUAUAUAUAUAUAUAUAUAUAUGUAUAAAAAUGUGUGUGUGUGUGUGUGUGUGUGUGUGUAUAUAUACAUACAUAUAUACACACACAUGCAUGCAUGCGUUAUUCUUGUAACAAAUAAAAUUGAUUUUUACUUCAAACUUUUAUCUGAAUCAAUACAUUUUAUACUGAACUAACACUCUAAGCAGUGAUUACUUUCAGAAUCUAGUGCUUCAACCUUUUAACCAUUCAAUAUCACUUCACCUAUCAUUAAUGCUGGUUUUAUAAUUUAUCAAUCUAAUCAUUAUUUACCAAUUACCUGUUGUCUAUGUUCAAGAGUAAGUGUGUGCAAAAGGAGCGGAACAAUGUUGGCCUUUCUUCUGCGACGUCGCUGGCCGCGAAAUAAACGCAGAAUUAAGAGGCCCAGAGAGGCAAGUGUCAGUCGCAUCUUUGGUUGUCACGGCAACGUUGUCGUCUGUCGUCAAGGUAAUGUGGCACGUCACAAAGGGCUGUUCCAUUGCUUUUAUACCCUUUUGGAGCCCUUAAACCCUCCCACACUCAAGCACUUACCAGCUGACUUAACCUAAGCUAAUGAGGGUGCAGG